AGGGUCAGAUCAAAGUUAAAGGCUCACCAGUAACAACCUAAAUUUCGUUUCUCUAAAACUGGCUCACAACCGGUUCCAAUCCAAAUCCUCCGUUUCGUAAUGCUUCUGGUUAAUGGCACCACCAACACCUUCCGUCCACACUUCCUAAAAAGUUUAGCCAUUGUUGGACAACGGCUGGCCCACUCUGGUGAUAAGUGCGCCAAGAAGAAGAAGGACACCAGAAAGUGCGAGAAGUAUGUACCAGCCAAUGCGAUGAAGCCAGAAUGUCUACCGGUCAAUGCGCAGGUUCCGAAAUACUACAAGCAGCUCAAUCCUUGCAAAACUGACAAAGAACUGGCCGUGCUGCAUCCCAAGUAUCUGGGUGUCUGGGGUCGCUGUGAUAUACCGUACAAACCAGAGCCAUGGUGUCAGGAUCCCUGUGACCUCGUCGAACGAAUGGAUGACAAGCACUAUAAGCCCAGCAAAUCUCUGGAUCGCGAGUUUGACCAAUACUGGGUCGAGUGCUUCUUCCGGAAGCAAAAGCGUUGCUGCCGCAAGGUUGCACCGGAACGGACACACCGCGUCAUAACCAGUAAGUGCGGUAGAGCUGCCAAACCGAAGCCAUGCGCUACCGUAAAUCCCAUGCCCUGCAGACAGGAGGCCAAGGCUGGACCCUGUCCCAAGAUGAGCCUCUGCGAUUGUCCGCCAGCUAGCGCCAAAACCAAUUGCCGUGUGGCUCCUCGAAGAAAAAGAUGCCGCCGUCGGGCAUGUCAGUAUCCCAGCUUCUCUGAAUGCCAACACGACGAGCUGAACAAGCUCAGACCCGUCGAGUGUCGCUGUCUGGAGGUGCCGCCUCUUUGCCUUGUCUACCGCUACGCUCUUCUCAAUCACCGUCAUCCCUGUGAUCCACUAGGGCGCCGGGAUCCCUGCGAGUCUUGAGAAACGUUUUUAGUGGUUUAAUUCCGGGUUUAUUUUGGAGAAUCGAAAUUUUUGGUUAAAUAAAGUUGAGCUAAUGAUCAUUUUAAAGAGCA